AUGCCACCGGACGAUCGCCCGCAGCGACAACUUCUCCCCCUAACCGCCCAACAACCCCUCCAGGAGCUGACAUCCACGGACGGCGAUGAUGGCAACUCACUUGGACGCAAGAGGCGCCGUCCCUACACUUCCAAAGCCUGCAACUUUUGCCGGGACAAGAAGAAGGCCUGCGAUGGCCAGCCAGAGUGCUCACAGUGUCUGCGCCGUGGGCUCAAGUGCGAAUACAGAGUGCUCACCGACGCCAUUCUGAAGGCCAUCCCCGCCGGCUUCCAGCUAGUCGACAAGGAGGAGUCUCUGAGCAAUGCCGACGCCGCCGACUUGCUCGAAAUCCUCAAGGGUCUUCCCGAAGACGAGGCUUUCGAGGGUCUGCAGCUCCUGAGAAAUGGCAACGAUCCAGCCCUCAUAUGCCUUGCCUUGCGGGGGAACGAUGCCGGACUGUCGUCAGCUGUGCUAAACAGGGCAACCUUGCCACCCAAACAGUCCUCCCUGGAAUUCGAGCUGAUGAUGAGACAUCCUGUUGCCUAUCCCACUUGGCCGCCGCCUCAGCCAUCCAAAGCCGACUUGGACUUCCUGUUGCUUCCGAGUGAAGUCCUCUGGAGCAGGAGUGGCUCGACUGGAAAUGCAGACUCGUUUUCGCAGUACCUUCAUCAUCAAGAAGGGGAAAGCUCCAACUCGGCAAGCUUGGUCGGGCCGCGCAAGCCAUCGACACUGUACGACAAUCGGUUACUGAGUGUCGACAUAACACAAUGGACGGACGUGCCUGUCACCAACGAAUUCUCCAUUGCGGUCCUGCAGCUUUAUCUUGAGACCGACCACCCGAUGAUGCCACUGAUUGACGAUGAUCUGCUUCUGGACGGGCUGCUCGGUAAGAACGAGUUCUGUUCUCGAAUUCUCGUAAGCGGGCUAUUUGCCUGGGCUUGUGUAAGUGGCCUCACACUGACAAUGCUUCACUCGAGUUGCUUGAUGUGUAGUCUCAUCGCCAUGCAGCAGGGAUACGCGGCCUUCGAGCCCGAGGCCAUCAUCGUGGGCCACUCCUUCUACGAAGAAGCAAAGAGACUGUGGAGGAGUACCAAGGAGGCCGGAGUCAGAUACGGCAUCUGUACUGUGGCAGCGGUGCAUUUUUUGUUGAUGACUUCGGUCACCCUUGGGGCGGGUGCUCAGCAUGUCGAGUUCCUCGAUGACCUUUUGGACAUGUCCAGAAGGCUUGAACUCUUCAACAUCGACCCUUCUCACGACGUGCGACUCGACCUCGACAAAGGUGCAACCUAUCGAAAGGCCAAGUCCCAGAUAGCCUGGGUUUUGUUCGCCUGUCUAACCAUCUACCACCACUUGGCUAUCAUGGACCUGUUCCGGCCUCUUCUUCAGCACAACGGCGCUCCUCAGCAGCGACUCUCUAUCUUCCAGUCCGAGGAGUCUACCCCGGAUGCUGUCUACGCGGCAUCCGUAAAACAGUUAAAGCGGAUCGUUAUCUCCUAUCGGCAUAACCACCCAGAGUCGUCCUACUCCUUCUUCUGGCACUCGGCGCUCCUGUACCUCGCCAACGCAACGCUCACCGAGGUGACGGUCACGGGACAUACGCCCGACUGGCGAUUCUACCUACGCCUCUGCAUGGCCUGCUACCAGACGUUAUACACCGGCUUCCGACUGGCCAAGGGGAUCACGCUGAGCCUGCUGUCCAUGGCUCUCGAGAAGGGCGCGAUGGAUAUCCCGCAGGCGAGAGCGAUCAGGAAGGAUCUAGAGUUGCGGGGAAAGCACCACACGAUACCCGACGAGGUUCCUGUCUACUGGGUCGUGGAUCUGGACCUGGCCGUGACGGAUCCUUCUGCGGCGCAGGUGGAGAAUCUGGUACAGAGGUUUCGGGAGCUCCAACUCAGCGAGACGAGUGAAACUUUUGAGUCAUGA